GUUUAGUUAAGCGCGGUUUGGCAUUCGGUAGAGACCACAUCACAUCACAUCACAUCGACGGUAGCUUUUGUGUUGUUUUCGGUUGUCAUGUCGAGCAAGUACAGCAAAUUGUUGCGCGGCAUCUGCGAUCUGCUGCUGUGGGCAGCUUUGACCACCGCCAGCCUGUUGCUGAUGAAGCUGGUCAAGCCCUUCAAGCGUGGCUUCUUCUGCGGCGAUGAAUCACUCAGUUACCCCCUCAAAGAGAGCACCAUCGGCAGCAUGAUGCUCAUCGGCAUCACACUCACAGUGCCCACGGCAGUGAUCAUUGUGGUCGAGCUCUUCAAACAGCUGCCCCUUGGUCCGGGUGGACGGGAGGCGGCCAAGCGAGAUGGAUACCGUCUGGGACAUCGCAUCGGGCAGCUCUACAAGCAGGCGGGAUACUAUCUCUUUGGCCUGGCCAUGUUGACGUUCAGCACGGUGCUGACCAAGCUCUGCAUUGGUCGAUUGCGUCCGCAUUUCUUUGCCGUCUGCCAGCCCAGGUUGGAGGAUGGUUCCACCUGCUACGAUGCACAGAAUGCGGGACAUUACAUCACCAACUACAGCUGCAGCAAUCCGAACAUCUCGAGCUUCCAGUUGCAGCAGCUGAAUCAAAGCUUUCCCAGCGGACAUGCCAGCAUGAUCAUGUAUGCCAUGCUCUAUCUGGCCAUCUACCUGCAGGCUGCGCUGAGCACUCGCAUCUCCAAGCUGUUGAAGCAUCUGCUGCAGUUCCUCUUUGUCAUGUUUGGAUGGUAUGUCUCCCUCAGCCGCAUCACCGACUACUGGCAUCAUUGGUCCGAUGUCUUGGCUGGCGUCUUUCUUGGCGUGUUGUUUGCCUGGCUCACAAGUGUUUAUGUUGCGGAUCUGUUUGCCUUUAAGCGUUUCAAUCGCACUGGCUACUCGGCGAAUACGCUGAAGAAGGCGCAGGUGUCGCCCAAGAGUUCCACCAAAUCCCAGUCACAAGCAGCGGCGGCAGCAUCUGCGGCAGCAAAUGUUCCUCCCGCACUCCCCGCCUACACCUUUGGCACUCUUCCUUAUCUUGCGGCGCAUCCGGCGCAGGCGCAAUACGCUCAGACCUAUCACAACUAUGGCUAUGUGCCUUGAGCGGAGCGUUGGAGAUGUGUUCAGGAGUAUAGUCCAUAAUUAUAGAGUUACCUCGCUCUCUGAGAACUCUCUCACAAAAUAAAAACUCUGUUUUCGUUUUCUUAAACUUUAGCUUAAAAUAAAUAUAUACGAUAUUAUGAUAUUAAACGAUGUUGUAGUGUUUAAAAGAAAGUUUAUUAAUAAUGAAUUUGUUAUUUGAUCGCCUCCCCAAAAAAAAAUUAAUGCUUAAGCAUCAGAGUAGAAAGUGCCGCAUCGAUUGGCUUUAUAGAGUUGUGAAGAUGUUGUUGCAAAGAGAAUGGAAGAAUGGAGGAGAAUGGGGAGUUGGGAAAACAAGAGCUGAAAGCCGCUGAAAGUCAACAAAGUGGAACCGUUUAAUUUUACAAGAUGCACUCAAAUUAUGCUUAAAUUAAGCCAUAUUAAAUACCCAUUUUAAUCAA